AUGCCCCCCCAAUCGCAGCCGACUUCGACGGGCCCCUCCUCCGUCGCCACUUCCGUUCUCACUGAGGAUGAGGAAGACCUUGAAGACUAUCGCCCUGGUGGAUAUCCUUCUAUCAACAUUGGAGAUGAGUUCAACAAUGGGCGUUAUCUGAUCGUCCGUAAACUCGGCUGGGGUCACUUCUCCACCGUUUGGCUUGCGAGAGAUAACAUGACCAAGCGUCACGUUGCCUUGAAGGUCGUCAAGUCCGAUGGCCAUUAUACGGAAACUGCAUUGGACGAGAUUCAACUCCUCCAGCGAGUAACCAAUUCGUCAGAGUCCCACCCGGGUCGUUCUCAUGUCGUCGGUCUGGUCGAUGAUUUCCGUCACAUGGGCCCCAACGGAUCUCACGUGUGCAUGGUGUUCGAGGUGUUGGGAGAAAACCUGCUUGGUCUUAUCAAGCGGUAUCAGCACCGUGGUGUGCCGACGCAUAUCGUUCGACAGAUCGCGAAGCAGAUCCUCCUUGGUCUCGACUAUCUGCAUACGGAGUGUCGCAUCAUCCACACCGACUUGAAGCCGGAGAAUGUGCUGAUCUGUAUCGAGGACGUGGAAUCCGUUGUUCAGGCCGAGCUGGCCUCCUGCCCCGCCGCUGUUCCCACGAAACUCGUCGGCGUACCGCCCAGUCAAGGGCGAAUGGGCAACCAGACGCCACGCAAGGAAAGCAUGUUCAUCGUUGGAUCCCAGCCGUUGCCUUCCCCGAGUUCAAGCUAUUCUAGUAGCCCCAUGCUUGACAAGUAUGGGUUUGGAAUGAGCAAGAUCUCUGGUGCUGCUGUCGGUGGCAAAAGCGCACCCGCCUGCAACCCGUCGCAGGCGACUGCGGACUCAGUCGGUGACGGUAUCGGCAAGGUCAAGCUGGAAGCUGGCGAGAGCGAGCUCACAUGGGAGAAGAAAAAGCCUGCACCUGUCAACGCCAAGCCGCACGGACCAUCGCUGCUGUCACAGCAGAUCAACCAGCCGCCACCCGCGGAGCAGACCUCGACGCCUUCUACCAACAGUUCGGGGGCGAGUGGCCCUGUUAAUGCCAGUGCCUCGAACACCGGCACCCCUGCACAGACUGUUAUCUCGACGCCUUCGGUAACGCCCGAUCCGGCCCAAGAGGACAAAAUUGCCACCUCAGUCCAGUCCUCGGGCUCACACUCUGACCCCUCCCCUUCGGCCGCAGCCGCUGCGCCCAAGGCCGUUCCAGAGGCCCAGAAAUCUGGGUCUGCGACACGGACCGAAACCGGCACAUCCGGAGCCGGCCACCUCAACAACCUCCAAGAUUUCGAGGCGCAUGAGAACCACGACAACCACCUGCCGGCGCCGACUGCUGGUGACCCCACGACUCUUCCCCCGCCGUUCCCUUAUGACCCUGUCAGCCUGGAGAGAAUAACGGUCAAGAUUGCCGACUUGGGCAACGCCUGCUGGGUCGACCAUCACUUUACCAACGACAUCCAGACUCGCCAGUACCGUGCCCCGGAGAUCAUUUUGGGAACACGAUGGGGACCGAGUGUGGAUAUCUGGAGCGCGGCGUGCUUAAUCUUCGAGCUGCUCACGGGUGACUACCUUUUCGACCCGCAGCCGGGAAGCAAGUACGACAAGGAUGACGACCAUCUUGCACAGAUUAUCGAGCUGCUCGGAGAGAUGCCCAAGUCCUUGGCGCUGUCCGGAAAAUACUCGCACGACAUGUUCAACCGCCGCGGCGAGCUGCGGCACAUCCAGAGACUACGAUUCUGGCCGCUACUCUCGGUCCUGAAGGAGAAGUACCUGAUGGAGGCCGAGGAGGCGGAGCUGCUGUCAUCGUUCUUACUACCGAUGCUGCACUACUACCCGGACUCGCGUGCGACUGCCGCAGAGCUCGUCAACCACAAGUGGCUCGACGGCGUUGUCGUCGAGGGCGAGUUUGAGAUGGCUCGGCGCAACCAGCAGCAGCAGAUGGAGCGGGAACAGAAGAGCGAUAGCAAGGACAAGUCCGAUGGAGCGGCAGCUCUCGAAGAGGUCCUCAAGCUCGGCCCGCCAGUCGCUGGUAUGGUCGGCAUGGGCCGGAUCUAA